GGAUACUAUAGAGUUUUGGUGUAAUUUUUAACUUUAGCAAACCUUCGUCUCAUCGUUUCUAAAAAUUCUCCACGUAGCGCAAUUCCAGAGUAAUUUGAUUGAGAAGCCGUAGAGUUUGAACAUUUCUUAUUGAAUUUUAAAGCGGAGGUUUUGGAACAUUCACCAGAAGCAUCAUGAAAUAUUGUGUGUUAGUAUUGUUUCUUUCAUGUUUUUGCGUCGUGGCAAGUGAAGAAUCAAGUGCAAAGCUCAUAUUGACCAAGAAUAUCUUAAAUUCUAUUAUAACGCAAGGAAAUGAUCUCGCUAUUGAAUAUAACAUGUAUAAUAUCGGAGAUGGCGUGGCCACUGAUGUAGAACUUGCAGAUUCAACUUUACAUGAUACGGAUUUCGAGCUGAUUUCCGGCAAAAUGAGCGUGAAGUGGGACCGAAUCCAACCAGGAACCAAUGUCACUCAUGUUGUUGUAGUACGACCUCUCAAAUCUGGUGCUCAGAAUUUCACCUCUGCUGUCGUUCAGUACGUCGCCAGUGAAGACUCAGAACCGAAGUUUGGAUUCAGCAGUGAGAUUGGAGAAGUUGAAAUCCUUUCUUUAAAAGAAUACAACCGCCUUUAUGCUCCCCAUGUUGUUGAGUGGGGAAUGUUUGGUAUCUGGACCAUACCUUCUCUCCUGCUUCCUUACAUGUUGUAUUACAACAGCAAAACGAAGUACACUGUCAAAGCAAAGAAAAACUAACUUUAGUUAUAUUUUUUCUGCAAUGUUUUAAAAUUUGUGUGGUUACAUAUCUUAAUAUUUGAAUGAAGAUUAACGUGAUGAAGCAUUUCUACUUCACUGUUUUAAUGCACUACAUUGAACUGCGAAUUGCAAUAUGUUGGUGAAUGGAAAAACACUGGUGUGAAAAUAAAACUUAUAAAAAAAACUUCUUCGCUAUCGUUUUUUAUAAAUCAAAGAGAAAACAUUAUUCUGUUACUUUAAGUGUAGUAAUCAAUACAAACAGACUGAAUUGUUAUUUUGUCAUUGCAGG